AUGCCUAAAUUAAUUAAUAAAAUUAACUAUUAUGAGAAGGACACUCCCGAUAAAAGAUUAACAAAACUUCUAAUAAUUUUAGGAGACAAGAUGUCACCUCAAGAAAUUCAUUCAAAUAUUGGAAUAGUUUCAAACCUAAUUCAAACUGAAUAUGCAAAAUAUGAAAUUAAUAUAUUGAAAGCAAUAAAAAAUUGUUUUAUGGAAUUACCAACGAAAACAUUUGUUUAUGGAACUCUUAUUGGUCUUUUGAAUGUAGCUAGAUCAGAUAUAGGUGCAGCUAUAGUAAAAAUGACUUCUCAAAGUUUGCAACAAUGCUUAAAUGAAGGCAAUUGGCGUGGUGCAAAAUUAUCUCUUAAAUUUUUUGCAGAAUUGACAAAUUCAAAUGUAAUCUUGCCCAGAACAAUGUUAGAUAUUUAUGAUGAUUUAUUGACAACUUUAGAUGAACCUAAUGUUAAAAUGGUAGCCACUCGACUACAUGAUCGAAGUCCAGAUAUACUGGAGGGCAUUUUAUCUAAAAUUGAAAGAUACUUUUAUGCAAGGGAUCGAGCAAUCAAAGAAAUUGAUGGUUUAUUGGUUCUAAAUUCUGUUAGACCAUAUGUUGGCUCCAAUAUCCCUUAUGAACAAGUUGAUGUCAUUGUUCCUUUAUUUAGAAUUUUUGAUGAAUUGGAUGAUGAGACGAAGAAUGAACAUCUUGAAAUCACAGAUAUUUCAUACUUUCUAAUUUGUGAUCUUAUUGGCGAUAUCAUAGAUAUUUUUGAAAUAAAUCGUAAAGAAUGCACCAAAUAUCUAAAAGAUAUUGCAUAUAGCUUUGCACCUGGUACAUUUAUUAAUAAAGAUACUACUCACACAAAAAAUUCAGAAGAUAGCACUGAAAUUAAAAUAGGGACAGAAGAUACUGCUCAAAAAAUUUUGGAAAAUGACACAACUGCUAAUGUUUCUAAUUUAAACAAAAAUAUAAAGUGCUUCCAACUAGAACAAAUGAUUGUUGAGAAUAUAUUUUCUGAAAUUUUUAGGUUACCACAACCAAAGUUUAAAUAUAUAUAUUAUCAUUCACUUUUGACUGAAAUAUGCAAAAAUUCAUCGUACCUUGGCACAUCAUUUACUAAUUCUGAAUAUUAUAAUUCUGGAUAUAAUACUGAAUCAAUACAAGAAGAUUAUGAGAGCGAUGAUGUUGAUGAUACAAGAACAAUUAGCGGUUUAACAAUUUCAACUGAUAAUAGCGGUAAUUUAAGUAGUGGAUUAUAUUCUGGUGAAGAAUAUGAUGAUGAUAAUGAGAGCGGUUCUUAUGAUGUAUUUUCUAAUUAUGGUGCCGAUGAUAUGGAUGGUGAUUUACCAGAUUUGCCUUCUAGGAAUGAACAUAAUAUAAAUAAUGGUGAAACUAGGAAUGAAAAUGAAUCAUAA